UAUACUUGUACUCUCUGGUCACUCUCAUCAACGCACGUGUAGUUUUUAGCAAUAACAUUUGCUAAUAGUUAGUUUAAGGAUCGAAAUAAACGCAUAAACCAUGGUCAGUUCAGAACCGAAAGGACCUGCUAACGUGGCCAAAGUGGUCAAGCCCCUUAAGGCCAAUAGACCGCCAGGAAAAUUCGUCAAUGGACAGAAAUUUAAGCCCGGUGGAGCAGGAGGCGAAAGAAAAUUUGACAAAUCUGGAGGAGCACCCGGUAAAAAGUUUGAAAAACCGGGCGCAGGUGGUGCCAAGAAGUUUGAUAAAUCCGGACCAGGUGGCUUCAAGAAAUUCGAUAAAUCUGGAUCAGCUGACGGCAAGAAGUUUGGUGGUAACAAGUUCGCAGAUAGCAACAAGUUUCGCGGAAAACCACAAACACAGGCUCAAGCUCCUGCGGAGGGUGAAAAACAGGACUGGAACAAAUUCAAGCAGGAGAAGAAGGAGCUAAAACUAAAGCGCAAGAGCUCCAAGGACACCUAUGAGAUUACCAAGGAAGCCAAACAGAUCUACGAGAAGCUCCGAUGCCGUCGGACGGAGAACAAGGACAAACUGGUGCAGGAAAUCUACAAGGUACUCAAUGUUGGCGACACCAUCUCGAAGGUUGUGAAGGCCCACGAUACCGCCCGCAUGCUUCAGUGUAUGCUGAAGUACGCCUCGCCAACUUUACGGACUGAGAUCUCUGAACAGCUACUACCCUUCACCGUAGUGAUGUGCCAGUCAAAGUACGCCCAGUUCUGCGUCCAGCGAAUGCUUAAAUACGGCGCCCCUGCCACAAAAUCAAAACUGGUUGACAGCCUAUACGGCCAUAUAGUUCGUUUGGCCGGACACAACAUUGCAAGUGGAUUGCUAGACACAAUGUACCAGGGUGCCACGCCCCAACAACGCAUCUACAUGCGCCAGGAAUUCUAUGGCGAUCUGUAUCGUAAGGCAAAGGAUUCGAAUGUCAAAUCGUUAAGCGACACCUACAAGGAGGCCGCCAAUAUGAAGGCCUCCAUUUUGGGCUCAGUGAAAGCGAAUCUGGAUCACGUGGCCAACAAACAGCUGGUGGACAGUUCGUUAGUUCACUCGGUUAUGCUAGAAUACCUGCGCGCCUGCAACGAGGAUGAGGAGAAGCUGGAGGAGACGGUUACUGCUUUUGCGGCUCUUAUGCCUCACAUGUUGUCGACCAAGGAAGGGAGCGAGGCGAGCGUUAUAUGCUUUUAUAGGUCCACGCCGAAGAACCGCAGGGCAAUCAUUAAAAACAUCAAGGAGCACCUACUCAAGAUCGCUACACACGAGCACGGUCACGUGUUUCUCAUUUCUUUGCUAAACGCCUUGGACGACACAAAGGCCACCAAGAAAGCUAUCUACGACUAUUUGCACGGCGAUCUUAAGACGCUGGUUAGCAAUCCGUAUGGUCGAAGAGUGAUUCAAUGGCUAGUGGCUCCUGGCGAUACCGUAUGCUUCCAUCCGGAUUUCAUUCGCGUAGUGGACGAGGGCCUGGCAUUUGGCAAAAAGGAGAAGGAGCUUCGACGCAAGGAGAUCCUCGAGCAGAUAGAGGCGCCGAUUGCACAAGCCAUCGUCGAAGAUGCUGCUUUCUGGCUGUCCAAUAGCAACAUCGGCCUGGUCACCGCCGACAUACUUAAUCACAUUCAUGGCGAAUCCUAUGAAAAGGCGGCGAAAGCCCUCGCCCAAGUGGUCGCACAGCCGGAGUGGCGCAUUUCAGUAGAUGCCGUCGAUCCCCUAUCGCAAAAUAAGAAGAAGCCUCACAAUGAUGUGGAAGCCAUUAUAGCUGAGGCCACCAAAAAGCGUAGGAAACUUCUAAACGCCGAAAGCAGCAGCGAUGAUGAAGACCCAGAUUCUGAAGAAGAUGGCGAAAAGCAAAAAGAGGGGGAUGAUGAUGAUGCCGAACCCAAGCUAAAGAAAGCCAAAAAGGAGCCCAAAAAGACAGCGGCAAAGGAGGAGGCACCAGUGGCUCCACAGGUUUCUGGAAUCGAGGAUGCCGGCAUGCACAUUGUAUUGAAGAAGAUCAUCAAAAACGAUGGACAGCGUGACGCCACUCCUUUUUGCCAACAGCUCCUGCAAAGCUUUUCCACCGAUGUGCUCACAGUCUGGCUGGGCGUGAACCGGGCGUGUUUCGUCCUGGUGAAGCUGGUGGAAGACUGUCCGGCGCUAUUGGAUGAUUGCAAAAAGACCAUCACGGAGAAGAGCAUAAGCCAGGCACUCGUUAAUCAGAAGACGCCCGGGGCCAAGAUGCUGGCCACCAAACUAAACAUUGGCAAAUGAAAACCCAUUUUAGCUUAGACAAAACCUAACAUUUUAAAAUACAUAAUUCUAUAUUGAAAUAAA